AUGAAACUGACAUCAAUAUUAAGCUGGCUUCACUUAUUCAUCAUAGUUUCAGCAGUUGAAAAAUUCCGUUAUAGUCAUGACGAGCUGGUGGUAAUUGGUUGUAAAUAUGCCUUGACACACACUGCAUUGUUUUGUGAGGAUGAUAAUGAUCAGUCAUAUUCUUGUCAAUGUCUUGAUCCUGCCGCAAAGGCUUCAUUAAUGAAUUGUAUCUAUGAAAAAACAUCAAUCAACAAUACAAAAGCUGAAUAUAUUUUGAUUCAAUACUGUGAAAACCUUAAUGUUACCUUGGACUCCGCUGACUUAAGACAAGCAUAUAAAAAUGGUACCAAGUAUAUGGUUAAAACAACUGAUAUUUCUGGGUUCAACAUUUCUUCAGUGAUCAAAAGUCCAAUUGACCAUUACAAUUCAACAGCUUAUGAUAGUGCUUAUGGAACUUAUUGGGCCUUCUAUGGAAUGAUUGCCGACUCAAUAUAUUUUGGAGGUGGUAUAAUGGGUUAUUGGGCUGUGAUUUUUUUGGGUGCUGCUCUAGCUAAUUUAACUUCAAAGAUGGCAUUUGCUAGUGGGCAUUUUAACUAUAGUCUCGUGAACAAAAUAAGAAAAAAUAUCACCAUGCCAGCUAUGUUCUCAAACAAAAAACAUACCCAAGCUGUUUACCCAUUCGGGAGAAGACUAUCAAUGCUUUCAGGUCUUUUACCAACAAGGGGUGAAUCUAUUGUGAUAUUUGGUUUCUUCCUGCUCAAUGUUAUCUUUGAAGGAGCCAGAUAUCAUUUUGUUCAAAGAAAUACUUUCUUUCCUAAUCAAACAAGUCAAAUGUCUGUUUACAUUGGUAUAAGAGCAGGAAUUCUUGCCUUGUAUGGAUUCCAAUUAACAUAUUUGUUUGCUGGAAGGAACAAUUUUUUAAUAUGGCUCACCGGUUGGAAACAGUCAACAUUCAUAACUUACCAUAAAUGGAUCUCCAGAUUCAAUUUCCUUUUGAUUGUUGUACAUGCUGCUUCUUUACACAUCCAAUCAAAAGCAAGUGGUAGAUUUGAACAAAGGAUUGCAACACACUGGUAUAAAUGGGGUAUUGUUGCAGGAAUAGUUGGUGGAAUAAUCAUGGUUUCAGCAAUACAUUGGACUAGAACUCAUUAUUAUGAAUUGUUUUUAUUGAUACAUAUUGCAAUGGCUGUAUUAUUUUUAACUGCGAGUUGGAUUCAUAUCCAUAAUUUCAAAUAUUCUGAAUUUGCAUACUCUAUGGCUGCUAUUUGGGCUUUUGACAGGGCUGUAAGGAUUGGAAGACUUUUCAGUUUUGGGGUGAGAACAGCAACUGUGACCGUUGUUUCUGACGAAACAUUAAAGAUUCGUAUUCCCAAACCCAAAUAUUGGAAUGCAUUUCCAGGAUCUUUUGGUUAUAUUCAUUUUUUGAGACCAACCACAUUUUUUCAAUCACAUCCAUUCACUUUAGUUUCGGAUAAUGAAAAUGAAGUUUGUGUUUACGCCAAAAUCAAGGGUGGUGUAACAUCUCAGGUUCACAAAGAUUUGGCAAGUCAGUCAAACAAGACUGGAAAAAUCAAAGUCACAGUCGAAGGUCCAUAUGGCGAUCCCAAACCAAUGAAACAUUAUGAUACUUGUCUUCUAUAUGCUGGCGGUAAUGGUAUCCCUGGUAUUUAUGCUUAUGCUAAAAAAUUGGCACAAAUUUCAAACAAACAUAUCAAAUUGUAUUGGGUUAUCAGGAAUUGGCAUUCAAUUGAUUGGUUUUAUGAAGAGUUGUUGACUUUAAAGAGUCUACCAUUGGAUGUCAUAAUUUAUAUCACAAAAGCAGAUUCCAGUCUUGGUUCCAAAUUUGGCUCAAUCUCAUCUGAAUCUUACUUUAAUGAAAAGGAAGAUGCUAGUAUCAAUGAUAUGAGUCAACGGAACAGCAAUAAGAAACUUCCACAAGAUUCAACGCCACAUGAAAUUGUCUCUAGAUAUCUUGAUUUUGUUGAAUUCAGAUUUGGCAGACCUAAUAUUGACCAGCUCAUCAGAGAGGAUUUGGAGGAAGCUGAAGAAAAUAGUGUUGGUGUAAUGACAUGUGCUCAUAAUGCAAUGGUUGAUGGUAUUAGAGAUGCAGUUAGCCAAAAUCUUGAUGCAACCAAAGGUAGAGUUGAUUAUUUUGAAGAGCUUCAAACUUGGUGA